ACGUCACAGAGGUGACGUCACGGCGCCCAGAGCGAGGCUGGGGUAGAGAGGCCGACUGAGCAGGAGUCGUCCGCUUGUCGUGGAGGCUGCUAGGGAGUCGGCGAGAGGGUGAGCGGGCGAGCAGACGAGCGAGCUAGAGCAGGCAGGAGGAAGCGACGCGCGGCGCAGAGUAGCGCCGGGGCCAGGCCGCGGAGGAACCCACAGCCGGAGAGGGGCAGCCCGAGCCGGGCGCCGCGGGGUCCCCACCCCCACUCGGCCGGACAGUGCCCGGUGUUCCCCCGUGCGGGGGGCGGCGGCGGCGGCUGACGGGACCGGACAGGACCGCGGGGGUGUUGCCACCUCCCCCGAGGAGCCGGCGCGGCCGCGGGCUCCUCAGAGCCGGGGCCCGGGGCCCGUGAUAGACGGGCCGAGGAAAGGAGAGAGGCGGCGGCGCAGGCGACGGGGAGGCAGCGGCGACACCAUGUCAUCCCCCAGUCCGGGCAAGAGGCGGAUGGACACGGACGUGGUCAAGCUCAUUGAGAGUAAGCAUGAGGUUACGAUCCUGGGAGGACUCAAUGAAUUUGUAGUGAAGUUUUAUGGACCACAAGGAACACCAUAUGAAGGCGGAGUAUGGAAAGUUAGAGUGGAUCUUCCUGAUAAAUACCCUUUCAAAUCUCCAUCGAUAGGAUUCAUGAAUAAAAUUUUCCAUCCCAACAUUGAUGAAGCGUCAGGAACUGUGUGUCUAGAUGUAAUUAAUCAAACUUGGACAGCUCUCUAUGAUCUUACCAAUAUAUUUGAGUCCUUCCUGCCCCAGUUGUUGGCCUAUCCCAACCCCAUAGAUCCUCUCAACGGUGAUGCUGCAGCAAUGUACCUCCACCGACCAGAAGAAUACAAGCAGAAAAUUAAAGAGUACAUCCAGAAAUACGCAACAGAGGAGGCACUGAAAGAGCAGGAGGAGGGCACCGGUGACAGCUCGUCGGAGAGUUCUAUGUCUGACUUUUCGGAAGAUGAGGCCCAGGAUAUGGAGUUGUAGUAGAAAAAGCACCUGCUUUUCAGAAAGACUAUUACUUCCUAACCAUGAGAAGCAGACUAUAAUAUUCAUAUUUAAACAAAGCAAUUUUUUUUAUUACUAAACAAGGUUUUUAUGAAUAAUAGCAUUGAUAUAUAUAUAUUAUAUAUCACCCUUUAGAUCUUGAUUUCUUGGUCAUUUCUCAAUCUGAGGUGCAUAGCAUAUUCCCACAUUCCAUUUUGGUAGCAAUAUGCGGUCUGAAUGCAUGCGUUCACAAGUCCACUCGGCCAAGUCAGCCUGUGUGCUGCUCAACUGUCAAAAGAAACAGCCGCUCCGAUAGAUAGACGUGAGUAAGAAUAACAGGAAAAAAGUUGCUUCUUUUAUUGAUGGUUCCAAAGAAACAAACCAAACCAUCCAGCUCUUGGACGUGAAGAUAGAAUAGUGCUUUUUCAAAAUGGACGGGAGGAACUGGGGGAGGACCAGGCCUGCUGUGGGAGCACGAGGAGCCGGCCGCAUCAGAGCCGGAGCCGCUCCUUCCUGGGACUCCCGGGUGGCCCCGUUUCUGUGGAGUAACAGUAGAGAACAGGGAGCUAAUUGGAGUAUUGAAACGUAAAACAAUUUCUGACUCUGGAUUUUAAGUACAUUUUUAUAUGCAGAUUCCUGCCCGACUCACUAGCAGGCCCUGCGGCCACAAGUGUUUUUGCUUUGGAGAACCUCUCGGAAGUGUUUUCUGAACCGGAUUCUUUUUCUUGGGGUAGCGCUUGUAAUCCAUAGCUUUCUGAGGGGACAGGACAGGAGGAGUAGAGUGACCGGGAAGGUGCUUUGUCUCAUCCAGCACCUGCAGAGUCGCCUCCUUGUCCUCUAGGCCACUUUGAGACUGCUGCCCUGGACUGAGAGCUUUAAAUUUGAGGGUGGUUGUGGGUGUUUUUGUUUGGGUUGGAGCUUUUUUUUUUUCCUUCCCUUUCCUUUCCUCCCCCCAGCUCUCCCACCUUUAUUUUUAAAAUGGUGUGUGUGUGUGAAUUGUGCUUAGGUUGCAAAUUCAAUCUUCACCUAUAAUCUUCACCUACCAAGAGAUGGCCUCCUCCUUGGACAGCCGCUCAGUGGACCAUUAGACUCGGCAAGAAGACCCGUCUGGUGGCUGUGACUCCCGAGUACUCUCCUCCCCUUCAUGUUUUUGGUUUUGUUUUCCCUUCUGCUGCCGCUCUUGGCAGCAGCCUGGUCAUCAUCUGCUUGUGGGAGUGGGAAAUGGGUAUUUUAGACCCAACACACAUUCUAAAUUGAAAAUGAGUAAUAAUUGGAACAAAUAAAGGUCCUUGUACCCAAAGUGACUCUACAUGGGAAAAACAAACUGCUUUUUUUCAGUGUGUGACUGAAUAAGAGGAAAGCGUUCGGAAAUACGAUGCAGUAGAACAGGUUUUGAAGGAAGAACAUAUUCUCUCCUGUAUGUGUUAAGAGGAAAUCAGACAGUUUAAAAUGCCUGCUAAUCAAAUGUUUACUCAGCUCACCAUAUGUCCAGGUUGCCGGCAGAGUUUUUCUUUCGAAUCUGAGUGUUGCCUGCUGAGUUUGGAGAACCUUAGACAGCAAGUCUGUAUCCCUUUUUUGCCACAACCAAUAGGACAGUAGCAGAAUUAGCCAAUCCUAAAACCUUCUAAAGACCAUUUUUUAAUGUCCCACUGGGAUAAUUGAGUUUUUCUUUCUGGUGUGUGUUUUUAGUUUAGAAGUGCUAUCUGUUCCACAAGAUUGGAGUCAGUGAGGUUGGAAGAUACCCUAUCUUUUUUAAUUCAAAAAGCACAAUCAAUACUUUUCUUUGAAAAUCUAUAUAAAGUACAACUUGCUUUUAGCAUGAUUAUUUUCCUAAAAGACAAAGAAUUUUCUUAAUUUAUGUUAAUUACGGGCAUGAAGCAAAAGGUUUUCUUUAAAAAAAAAAAAAUUUAAAGUGCAGUUACGUAGGGCUGUGGUUAGUUAACCGUACCGAGUUUAUCUAUCUAGCAUUUGUGGCUUGUUGGAGGGGUAGUGUUAACUAUUUAACAUGGAAUGGUGUGCUUUAACUUCUCUUAGCGCGUUGUCUUCUCUUACUUUGGGGGAGGGAGGGUCUCUGCUGGCACUGUCUAACCUGCUUACCUGCUGAAUUAGCAGUUUGCUUGUGCUAUAACCGUUUAAAUUGUAGGUGCGACUUAGGGUAGGCUUUAAAAGUGCUGGGUGGUGAUUUGAGUUCAAACAAUAAAAAUUGUAUUUUUUCAAUAUUGUAUAAACAAUAGUGUUCUAAUUACCUUUCAAAAAAAAAUAAUGUCCAGAUAAUAAUUGCUUUUAAUCUUGUCAAAAACAAGACAAAACAGACAAAACACGUAGAGCCAAGUUUGGGGGAAUGUAUGUGAGCCACAGCUCUGCUCCCCGACUAAAUACCUUUUUCUCAAAAAAGACAUUGGCUCGACGCGGAUUGAACGCUCUGGCACUGGGAGUCUGGUGGUGCAGAAUUUCUGAAUGAA